AUUAUAUAUAAUUACAAUUAUACAUCGUAACAUACGCACAUAUGAUUGUGUUCAGAGGCAAAUUGGUUCAUUCCUGGUUCAGUCUGUGUGUGGUUUCUGGUGGAUUUUGGAAAAGCAUAAAUUACUGUCAUGGUGAGAGUUUGAUCUCUCUGACUCACUUCACCUGUGUAGCAGUUGUUUGGCAGAGCAUGCUGGGAUUGCUCACCUCCUGAGAGACUUUUGUGUGCUGUUAUUUAGUUCUUGAAUCAUGAUUUCAUAAAUAUGGAAAUUAUGGGUUAUUUAAUGAUGAUUUAUUUUUUCAUUUUUUCAUUUUUUUUCUUUUUUCAGGUGUUGCGUAGAAUAUUUUUCGCCAUUUAAAAUGGAUUUUAACCGUAGAUUUAAAGUAGUCUAUGAUGUCAACACAUUUUGUUUAUGGAGGAUUUUGAAACGACUGUUCCAUCCAUGCUAAAUUUAUGACUGGCCUGGAAAAUGGGACAUUUCAGAUAAAUCAUAAACUAAGCAAUUAAAUAAAUACCUGCAACAUGGCAUUUUUUAAGAGCUUCCAGCAAAGACUCCCCUCCAUGUCUGCCAUGUUGGAAUCAGUGACGGAGAAGGUCGAUGACUUGGCUUAUGCGCUGAGCGACGUCACGUACACAGUGAGCGGUGAACUCGCCGAGCAUGUGAACACCAUCAUUCACAAAGUCCAGGCCGAAGAGCUGAAGAGGAUUCGUAAGAAAGAGGCGGAAGAGAAAGAGGCUUCAGCACGGCAGGCCCAGGAGAGAGAUCCUUUUCUGUAUAGGACUGAAAUCCAGACCCAGGCUGCAUCUGGCCUAGUGAAGGACCCUCAGCCUCAGACAGCAGGCGAAGACAAUGGUUCAGUGCUGUCAACUGAGACCUCUACAGAAAGUGACCUCUCACAGACUCCUCACACAAAUGAAUCCGGUGUUAAAGAGAGAACCGGCUCCACUAAAUUAAAAACAUCAAGAAGCCCAGUGGAUGAUGAGAAGAAGAAAUCUAGCAAUAGUGAAAGAUGUGUUGGAGAUAAGAGUUAUGUGAAUGCAGACUAUCACUGCUCGUCGUCAGACAGUGAUGACGAGGUGAUUGGCCAGUACCAGGAGGCUGUGUCUCGAUCACAGGGUCUCCGGGGGGGCUCAGCGGGGACUAACUCACACCACCAGAAGGACUAUGGCUGGGACACACGGAAGAAAUACUGCCCCCUAGCGGCUGAAUAUGAUGGCUACAGCAGUGAGGCCUCCGCAGAUGAUGUAAACUGUAUCCAGCGGAUGAGGCGGACUCCACCGUUGGACGAGCUGCAGCCUCCGCCUUAUCAGGAUGAGGAUGGGUCACCACGUAUGUCGUGCACACCCUCUGACCUGGGCGAUGCCAAAUGUGACCUUUCCCAUGGGAGCGAGAGCCCAAGGCACAGCUAUGGGAAAUGUCCAAGCGAGGUCAGUGAAGCACAGGAAACAGAGAGUUUCCUUAACAAGGGCUUUGAAGAAGAUGUACCCAGCGACAGCACAGCUGUACUCAGCCCAGAGGAUCUGUCAGCUCGUGGAUCAGCGGCUCAGCUUCCAAAAGGUUAUGACCCUGAGCCUCUCGCUAAAUACGGAACUCUCGACGUCAUUUUCGACCAUGACUCGUCUGACCAUCGUCUGUCCGUCACAAUAACAGCACUGACGGACAUUCCUUCUCUCAAACGCACGGGUAACAUCUCCUGGCAGGUGCAUCUAGUGCUGCUGCCCACCAAAAAACAGAGGGCCAAAACCAUCAUCCAGCGUGGCCCCUGCCCCGUCUUUACAGAGACAUUUCACUUCAGCCAUAUUGAGUCGGAGAUGAUCGGGAACUAUGCCGUCCGGUUCCGCUUGUACAGCGUCCGCAGGAUGAAGAAGGAGAAGGCUCUCGGAGAGAAGGUGUUCUACCUCACCAAACUCAACCUGCAGGGCAAAAUGUCAGUCCCCAUCAUACUGGACCCCUGCUGCAACAUACCUGGCAGUGACUCUCAGGCAAGCAUGUCAGACGUGUCGUGCAGUGAGACGGCCUCGUCGUUCCCGUCUGCCGGUCAGGGGGCGGCUCCAGAGAUUCUGCUGGGGCUUGUGUACAACGCCACUACAGGACGACUCUCUGUGGAGGUCAUCAAAGGAAGCCACUUUAAAAACCUGGCGGCAAAUAAACCUCCCAGAUUGCAGGAUCAAAACGUGUCACCUCUCACCUUUGACCCCAAAGGUGCCCGUAACCACGGUUUGUUCUGUUGUCUAAAGCACUUGAUAGGUGGGCAGGUGUACAUAAUCCGAGACACUUAUGUAAAGCUGACUCUACUGAACUCAAUGGGUCAGGAGAUGUCCAAGUGCAAGACAUCGAUUUGCCGCGGCCAGCCCAACCCCACCUACAAGGAGACCUUUGUGUUCCAAGUAGCUCUGUUCCAGCUCUCUGAUGUCACGCUCAUCCUGUCGGUCUACAACAAGCGCAGCAUGAAACGCAAGGAGAUGAUUGGCUGGAUCUCUCUGGGGCUGAACAGCUCUGGGGAGGAGGAGCUAACACACUGGACUCAGAUGAAGGAAUCGAAAGGACAACAGGUGUGUCGAUGGCACAGUCUUUUGGAGUCCUAGAAUGUCAGUAAGUGACUGCAACGAUAUGUGUAAUGGAGUUGGGGGACCAAGAGCAGGUCAGGCCCUCGAACGGUCCCGAAUCGACAGAGCUGGCCCCCAACUGCAGUGCAUUAUGAGAAACGCGAGCAGUUCUGGGGAUGCAAUCUGCUUUCUUUCCCAAUGCAUUGCAGGAAAUGGGUUUGAGAAAUUAUGAAAACAUGGUUAGAUGCCACACCGUUAAUGGAGAAAACACUAAUGAGACAGAGUUUUAUGUUUAUUUGGAUAUUUAUUUGCAUAUUUUCUGACUUGACUUGAUGUUUCUAUUUUAUUUUUGUUCUGCUUAAGAUAGUUGUAAUGUUUCCAAAGGGUUAAUGAGAGAAAUGAUGAAUGAAUAUAUGUGUAAGAUCCAAGAUCUGCAAAGAUGAGGCAAGUUAAAAUGUCUUGGCUGAGAUGAUAAACUGGCAUUCUGAGAUUAUAAUCCAUUGACCUUAAAGCAGGAGUAAAAUGACUGUCCGGUUGACUACUGUUUGUGCCAUUCUGAGGCAAUUUUAAUGGAUACUCUGACAGAUGUGCAGGGUCUGGCUUUCCUUGACAUUUGAACAGAUUGUCUAGAUCUAAUUCUAAUACAUAAUGUGGUUCAUUCCACUUUGAAAUCUACUAUCAGAGUGCCAAUCCAGACUUCACUGCAUACAGUCUGUCAUCCGGCUGGCAUUUAUAUGUCAGCUAUUUUAUUCCACUCAUUCUAAAUGUAAUACCUUGCAAUCAGAAACAUGCCACAAAAUAGAAUAAAUAAUAGAAAAAUAUUCUUUUCAUUCUCAAUAUGACAAUAACAGCCAAUAAGUAGCCUAUAGAACCUUUCAUGUGUUAACUGGGCCUAUAGAUUUCUAGACGAAACUUACAAUAUUGAUUUAAUAUAAUACAUAUUUAAUAUAAUACAUUAAUAAUAAAAAUAUGAGAUAUAAAAUAUAAAAUAUAUUAAAUUAUUUGUUAACUUGUACAGUCAUGAUAUGGAACGCAUAUUAUUAGUUUUAAAUCUAUUUAUUUUAUAUACAUGAAAACCUUGUAAAAUAGAUGCAUUUAUUAAUUUAUUUCAGUUUACCAGCAAAUAGGUAAGCUAAGUGAACUGCUUUCAUAUUAAACUAUAUAUUAUAGAAGAAAGCCCUUACAAUAAAAUAAUAUAAUGCAAAUUCAUAUUUGGUCAUGUUGACCAAAAUGCUUUCACCACUGUAAAAAACUGUUCACACCAAGAAUAGCUAAAAGGAUAAGUAUAAUGAUAACUAUAGUUACAGACGACAUGUUCUGUUCAUUGUAAACGAGAUUCAGCCCAUACAAUAUAUUCAGACAGUGAUGUGAAAUGGCUCAUUUUACAACUCCCUCAGAGUUAAACAAUUGAGUUUUACCGUUUUCGA